AAUCAAAGUGUCAAAUAACCAACCAUUUUUAUUUUUCUUUUUCUUUCACGAUUCGUAAUUGCAGUGCAUGUUAUUUAAAGUAAAGUUAUUGUGAGGAAAAUAUAUUUUCGUUUCAUUUUCAUUGCAAAAGGUCAUGAAAUGUCGGCAAACAGGAUUUAACCCAUUGUAAAUAACACGCAAAUGUUUGGCAAUGUGCUCAAUUGCAACUGCGUUGUAUAAUAAAUCAAAAGCGAAUCAUUUGCAAAACGGAGGCAGCAAAAUCAAAGCGACAUCAUUAUCAAAAGUGAGAUUUUCGGCAGAUUAACGGUGUGUGUGGUGUUCGGCGAUCGUUUUUUCCCUUGUUGUUAUUGUUGCUCGUUGAAUUGAGAAACGAUACGAACAAACACAGUCGAACGGGACGGACCGCAGAGUCAAAAUAAUGGAAGGAAAAAUUGUAAUAAAAGAGAAUUUUUUCAAGCCAUCCGCCGAGGAUAUCAUCAAAAAGUGGAAAAUCCAAAAUGAUAUAUUCGAUCGGCGAAGGCAUGCAACGAACAAAAAGGAAAUUGUGGAUAUAUCAAAGUCAUGGCGCAUCCGUGAUCGAAUGAAAACCGUGAGUGUUGCGUUGGUUGUGUGUUUAAAUGUUGGCGUUGAUCCACCGGAUGUGUUUAAAAUAACGCCAUGCGCACGAUUGGAAUGCUGGAUUGAUCCGUCGUCGAUGUCACCGCAAAAGGCGCUCGAAUUAAUCGGUGCCAAUCUACAGAAACAGUAUGAACGAUGGCAGCCACGGGCACGAUACAAGCAAUCCUUGGAUCCAACCGUUGAGGAUGUGAAAAAAUUGUGUGUUUCAUUGCGUCGCAAUGCAAAAGAGGAACGUGUACUGUUCCAUUAUAAUGGGCACGGUGUACCGCGGCCAACAGUCAACGGUGAAAUAUGGGUAUUUAAUCGCACAUACACCCAAUAUAUUCCGCUGUCGAUUUACGAUCUACAAUCCUGGAUGGGAUCACCGUCAAUUUAUGUAUACGAUUGCUCAAACGCUGGCAUCAUUGUCAAGUGGUUCAUUCAGUUUGCCGAACAGCAUGAACGGGAAUUUGAGCAAAUUGCAUCGAGUACCGGAAAUUUGAAUGCAUCGCCCAGCACUCAACCGUGCAAUUCAUUUCGAAAUUGUAUCCAAUUGGCUGCUUGUAGUGAGGACCAAAUUCUACCAAUGAAUCCACAAUUGCCAGCCGAUUUAUUUACCGCUUGCCUAACCACACCAAUCAAAAUCGCUUUGAAAUGGUUUAUGCUACAAAAAACGUCGAUUUUGGUGCCGCAUCUCACACAGGAUCUAAUCGAUCGCAUCCCCGGCCAAUUGAACGAUAGACGCACCAUGCUCGGUGAGCUCAAUUGGAUUUUCACUGCAAUCACCGAUACAAUUGCAUGGAACACACUGCCCAGAGAUCUCUUUCAACGACUGUUUCGUCAGGAUCUCUUGGUGGCGAGUUUGUUUCGCAAUUUUUUGCUCGCCGAACGUAUAAUGCGCUCAUACGAUUGCACACCAGUUUCUAGUCCGCAAAUUCCAAAUGGAUAUCGGCAUCACAUGUGGCAAGCAUGGGAUUUAGCCAUCGAUUUAGCAUUGCAACAACUGCCCGAUAUCGUUGAACGCAAUGCACCAUACCAAAAUUCACCAUUUUUCGAAGAUCAAUUGACCGCUUUCCAUGUUUGGCUUGAACGCGGCAACGAAGAACGUGAACCACCCGAACAACUUCCGAUUGUUUUACAAGUGCUGCUAUCACAAGUACAUCGGUUGCGUGCCUUGGAAUUGCUUGGAAGAUUUUUAGACUUAGGACCGUGGGCAGUAAAUUUGGCGUUGAGCGUUGGAAUUUUCCCAUAUGUAUUGAAAUUGUUGCAAGCAUCGGCAAAAGAAUUGCGACCGCUGUUGGUGUUUAUUUGGGCGAAAAUCCUAGCGGUUGAUGUUACAUGUCAAGUGGACUUGGUCUGUGAUCAAGGCCAAAAAUACUUUUUAUCUGUGUUACAAGAUCCAAUGAUCACACCAAAAUAUCGCACAUUGGCCGCCUUCGUGUUGGCAUCAAUCGUACACAAUUUCCCAAUGGGACAGGCGAGUGCACUGCAAUCCUCAUUAGUUUCCAUUUGUUUGGAGCAGAUAAACGAUCGUUGUGCAUCGUUGCGUCAAUGGUUGGCAAUAUGUUUAGGUCAUUUAUGGCAAAAUUAUGACAAGGCACGAUGGUCGGGCGUACGUGAUUUGGCCCAUGAAAAACUGUUCAAAUUGCUCGAGGAUAAUGUGCCGGAGGUGAGAGCGGCUGCCGUUUAUGCAUUGGGCACAUUUAUCAGUUCUCAGAAAACGGAUCGCACCGAGCACGCAGAUAAUUUGGAUCGAAGCAUAGCGCUAACACUAUUCUCAACGGUUGGCAAUGACAUGAGCCCGAUUGUGAGAAUGGAAUUGCUGGCCGCUUUACAGUGGAUUGUUAUGUUGUUUUUGAAAGUAUUUAAGGCAGCAUCGACACAAGACUCCAAUCCCAGCAGUAGUUGGGAUAGGAAAAUGAUGCGCGUAUCAAGCUGUGGAUCAAUCAAUAAUUUCUCGACGCUGGGAUUCAAUUCGAUUUAUAUAAAAUUGUGGCGUGGUCUAUUGUCAUUUUGCCAUGAUCCGUGUCCUGAUGUUGUGAAAAUGGCCAAGGAAAUUGUAAUGUAUAUUAUUAUCGAUUUGACGCCAGCCGAAGAAGCUGACAAAGGAAUGUAUUCAUCAAGUAGCAUUAGUUUGCCGCCCAGUCCAAACACUCGAACCGGCUAUCUCGGCGGUAGUUCACCACCCGUAUCGCACAGUUUGGCCAUAAACCGGCAUGCAAACGAAAGCAUCGGAAGCAUCGAGCGAAAUAAUUCACGAAGCACAACACCGAUUCAGAAUCGUAAUCAACCGGGAAAUCGAUCGCGGAAAAAUUCACGCAUCGAAAACGAUGGAAUUCCGGCCAAUUCAACGAUAAACGCUGAUAUCAAUAUAACAUCAGGCAGCUCGUCAAAUGACGAAAAUCAAGAUCCAUUGAAACCAAAGCCGAUCGUUACAACUAAUUACAUUUCAUGGAGCACGGCCAAUGUCACGAAUAUGGGUGAAAAACAUGAAAAAUAUUUUACAAAAUCUCGUUGCAAACAUUUGGAUGGUAGAUUAGUGCGUGACAUUGAGUAUUCCAUACAAAACGGCGUUUCUACCUUGUAUUUGACGCAAUUAUGGGCAGCACAAACACAAAGUACCCCAAAUUUAAUACGAUUUCAUCCGUUCGAAGAGCAAAUUGCCGUUGCAUACAAAGAUAAAGUUAUGGUCAAUGAUCGGGAUAGUAAAGUGAUUCAUGCAUAUGCACCGACUGAAAUUCCGCUCAACAUUCCAAUGCAUUGGCGUCAUGCACAAAAUGUCGAAGUGACAUCGUUCGAAUUCAUCAAUCCAUCGACACGUGCCCUCGUGUUGAUUGGACACGACGAUGGAUGCAUUCGCAUUUGGAAACCACCGACUGACAAUAAGGAAAAACCCACUCUAAUCACGGGCUGGCAAGCGAUUAACGAUGUGACCAGUGCAAGUCGCAUGGUGAACACAUGCGGCCUAAUCACCACAUAUCAACCGAUGAAUAAUGUCAUUGUGAGCGGCAGCACUGCUAAAUGUAUACGCUUCUGGGAUCCGGAAACGGAACGAAAAGUGGCCGAAAUCCCAACCGAUAGCGAGGCAGCUGUACGAGUUUUAAGUACAUCGAAUGAAGGUUUAACCAUAGCUGGAUUUGAUGAUGGCUGCUGUAAAAUUCUUGACAAACGAUGCAACCCAUCAUCGUCGAUUGUGUGUUCGUAUCGCGAACACAAUGAACGAUUGCUAGAAUGUUCAAUGGUCACCGAAACUGGUACCUUAUUCACUGGCUGUCGACAGGGUAGCUGUGUUUGCAUUGAUUUUCGUAAAAAUCUCGUUAUGGAACGAUGGAAGACAAAUCGUGAAGCCACCGCAAUGGCUGUUUAUCCAUAUAGCAAUAUUGUGGCUAUUGGGUCCGACUCAGCGAUCACACUUUAUCAUUACAAUGGACAAGAAUUGAAUCGAACACGAAGCAGCAGUGACGGUGUUUAUCGUGGAACGCGCAAAUAUAUCUCCUGCUUAACAUUUCAUCCGCUCAAAGGGCACAUCGCCAGUGGCUAUUCGGACAAUUUAGUAUCGGCCUACGAAAUGAAUGACAAAGUGACCAAACCUAUUUCCUAUUAUUGGUAAAAAGGAAACAUAAAAUAAAAAGCAACAAGCAACAAUCGAACACCGAAGGCACUUAACUAUUUAGCGCAUUUGUAUAAAAGCUAUAUUUUGUGGCAUCAGCUUCGCAUAUGAAGCACUGUAAAUAGAAUCCUUCUUUUUUAGCUUUAGAUACAAUAUAUCUAAGGACGAAACACGCGACCAUUAUUUCAACGUGCAAAAACAAAAACAAAUAAACCUUUUCGAUCAUGCAUACACUAUGAAAAAUCUACUAUAUUCGAUCGAUAUUUGGUGAUAAGAAAUUAAUAAUGACGAUAAUAAUGAUAAAUGAUAUGUAAGCACUAAG